GCGAGGCAGCAGUAGGAACUAGAAGGUGGGGGUAGCACCAAGGAGACAUUUUCCAGUCCUGAACUGACGACGGUCCACUGAAAACAACUUCAGUUUUAAAAUAGCAGCCACUUUUCUCAUUGUUUGGAGGCCAACGCCCAUCUCACAACCCAAAAGCCAUGGCAGAUGAAGCGGACAUGCGCAAUGAGCUGGAAAACCUGCAGACAAAGGCGGACCAGAUAGCUGAUGAGUCGCUGGAGAGCACUCGGCGUAUGCUGGCCAUGGUUGAGGAGAGUAAAGAUGCUGGUAUCAGGACUCUGGUUAUGCUGGAUGAGCAGGGAGAGCAACUGGAGCGGAUCGAGGAGGGGAUGGACCAGAUCAAUAAGGACAUGAAGGAUGCAGAAAAGAAUUUGAACAAUCUAGGGUCUCUCUGUGGUCUUUGUUCAUGUCCCUGUAACAAGAUAAAGGGUGGGGGCCAGGCGUGGGGGGCCAACCAGGAUGGAGUAGUGAACAGUCAGCCAGGGGCCCGUGUGGUGGACGAACGUGAACAGAUGGCAAUCAGUGGGGGCUUCAUCCGCAGGGUAACAGACGAUGCCCGGGAAAAUGAGAUGGAUGAGAACCUGGAGCAGGUGGGCGGGAUCAUCGGUAACCUGCGUCACAUGGCCCUGGACAUGGGCAACGAGAUCGACACCCAGAACCGGCAGAUUGACAGGAUCAUGGACAAGGCUGAUUCCAACAAGACCAGGAUUGAUGAAGCCAACCAGCGCGCCACGAAGAUGUUAGGCUAAGCUGCAGCGACAAGUGCUUUAAACACCCCCCUGCAC